AUGAAGUUUUCAAAUUUUGGAAGAUUUGGUGUAUGGAAUGAUCAUUUCAGAAUGGUGCAUCGCAACACUGGGCGCCAUCAAACAGUACUUUCACUGGUGGCGGAACUUGGAUCGGAAAGUAACGCUCAUGGUUUGGCUCGAGUUGUGACUUCCAGAGAUACGAAACGUAAAGUGAUUUGGGCCUUAUUAGUUAUUAUUGGUUUCACUGCUGCUACCCUUCAGUUGUCUUUAUUAGUUCGUAAAUAUCUUCAGUUUCAAGUUGUGGAAGUUUCAGAAAUCAAAGACAGUAUGCCUGUUGAGUUUCCGUCUGUGACAGUGUGUAAUAUCGAGCCCAUAUCGUUACGGAAGUUACGUAUAAUGAUAAACAACUCGGACAGUGAUUUAAUGCAGUGGUUACAAUUUCUAGGUGAGUUUCAGUUCGGUCCGCAACAGGCUCAUUUAACAUCUAUACGAGCCUUUUACGAAAAUCUUGGCGAUGCUGCGGAAUAUCUGAGUCAUGACAUCAACGAUUUUAUGAUACAUUGUCGUUUUAAUCAGGAAUUGUGUUCAGUGUCGAAUUUCACAAGUUUUUUUGAUGGAAAUUAUUAUAGCUGUUUUACAUUUAAUAGUGGUGCCGUGGAAAAGCUAUUGAUGCAUGCCACCGGUCCUCAAAAUGGAUUAUCUUUAAUAAUAUCAUUGGAUAAUGAUGAUCCGCCUUAUGGAACAUAUGGAAUGUAUCAUAUUGGUUCAAACAUAUUGCAUAGUGCCGGAGUACGUGUUGUGGUUCAUGCGCCAAACACUAUGCCCAGUCCCGUAAACCAUGGUUUCGACGUCCCCCCAGGAUAUUCUUCUUCUAUAGGAUUAAACGCUGUCAUGCACACGCGACUUUCACAGCCUUUUGGAAAUUGUACCAACAAAAGAUUAGACGGAUAUAAAACUUAUCGGAAUACAUUUUUCUCUUGCCUUCAGUUGUGUCAACAGCGAAUUAUAAUACGCGAGUGUAAAUGUAAAUCAUCGAGUUUACCGGAAGUAGCAGAGACAAAUAUAUCAUUUUGUGGUGUUAUUCCUAAUUGGAAAGAUAUUCUAAACAAUUCAGCGAAAUACAAGGAUAAACAAAUAACGGUGCCGAGUUUAGCGUGUGAAGAAAAGCAUUUAGUGAAAAUGGCCAACGACAGAAGUUAUGAAUCAACAUGUAGAUGUUUUCAACCGUGUGAUGAAACAACGUAUCAAAAGGCUGUGUCCUUGUCGUAUUGGCCGCUUGAAUUCUACCAACUUCACGCUCUUCAGUUGUUCUACGGCAAGACAAUCAAGCAAAGCUUCAUGCACGAAGCUUAUACAUAUUUGGCUAAGUUAGGAAAUCUGGAUCACUCGAUGGAUCCAAACGACACAAGACGUAUUGAAAUUUUACAACAGAGUUAUAAUCUCAGUGAUAAAGAACAGGCCGAACGGGCUUCCAAUUUAAUCAGACAAAACCUACUCAGACUCAAUGUUUAUCUAGAAGAUCUGAGUGUAGUGGAAUUUCGCCAAAUGCCAGCUUACGGCUUGGCAGACUUAUUUGCCGAUAUCGGUGGAACUCUUGGACUAUGGAUGGGAAUCUCUGUAUUGACGAUCAUGGAAUUGAUAGAACUGAUCAUACGACUAUUCUUACUUUUAUUUAACUCAGAAAAGAAAAAGCCAGAGGACCCUGUCUCUAAUGGUAUGCUUAGUGAACAUGAAAAAGAUUAUGAUUAUGAACAAAGAAUUGAAUCUCCUGUAUGACCCCUAAAAAAAAUAUAAAUCUGGACAAACUACUUAUGAAAUAAAUUUCUUGAAAAACCACUGAGAAGAGUACAUGAAUAAUUCGGUAAGAUUGACCUUAAAAACAAAAUAUUCUAGACAAAAUGUGUUUGAAAUAAAUAUCUUUAA